AUGGCGCAGAGGACGGAGAAGGAGGAGACGGAGUUCAAGGUCGUACCUGAGACCAUGUCGCUGUGCGUCAAGUGCGGCGUGGCCGGAAACUCCUCCGCCGCUAAUAAUCUCUGUCAGAAGUGUUUCAACGCAACCGCAGCGGCAUCAACCUCCGUCGGUGCCGUGGCGAAGCCGUUGAAUCACGUUUUGUUGGAGAAAUCCUUCAGAUCUAGCUCGUUUCUGCCGGAGAGGAGGCUCGCUUCUGCUGCGGCGAGCCGAGAUCUGAAGAGAGAGACCUCCGUAGCUGCGAUUCCGAUGAAGAGAGAAGUUAAUCGGUGCUCCGGUUGUCGGAAGAAGGUAGGUCUGACCGGAUUCCGAUGCCGGUGCGGAGACCUUUUCUGCGCCGAUCAUCGAUACUCCGAUCGGCACGACUGCAGCUAUGAUUACAAAUCGGCCGGCCGGGAAGCGAUCGCGAGGGGGAAUCCGGUGGUCAAAGCCGCAAAAAUCGUUAAAAUCUGAUGUUUGAAGCAAAGGGAAAGGGAAAUACCAAUCAGAUCAAUUUCGCCACAUGCUUAGCAUAUGAAGAUCGAUGCUACGGUGAAGGAAUCACCGGAAGAAUUAGGGCGAAACGAUGGGAAAUUCAACUUUUACUUUUCGUUUUUUAUUUAAAAAAUAGAAACGGAAAUUACUGUGAAAUCAUUAUAUGCGCCGUGCGUUGCUGUGUGUGCUGAUUAAUUUCUAAAUUUGUUUGUAUGCAGAUUUAUUCUUUGUUUCAGUGGAAAGAUUGCAAUCAAGUUAUUUUA